CCUGCACCAAUACCGCAGACCCGAAUGCAGAGCCUACAGCCCGACCCAGCGGCCCGCUAUCGCAAUGUGUUGGAGGCUCUCUGGAGGAUUAUAAGAACCGAGGGCCUGUGGAGGCCCAUGCGGGGGCUGAAUGUCACAGCAACAGGCGCAGGGCCUGCCCAUGCCCUCUAUUUUGCCUGCUACGAAAAAUUAAAAAAGACAUUGAGUGAUGUAAUCCAUCCUGGGGGCAAUAGCCAUAUUGCCAAUGGUGCGGCCGGGUGUGUAGCUACAUUACUUCAUGAUGCAGCCAUGAAUCCAGCUGAAGUGGUCAAGCAGAGGAUGCAGAUGUACAACUCACCUUACCACCGGGUGACAGACUGUGUACGGGCAGUGUGGCAAAAUGAAGGGGCCGGAGCCUUUUACCGCAGCUACACCACCCAGCUGACCAUGAACGUUCCCUUCCAAGCCAUUCACUUCAUGACCUAUGAAUUCCUGCAGGAGCACUUUAACCCCCAGAGACGGUACAACCCCAGCUCCCAUGUUGUCUCCGGAGCCUGUGCAGGAGCUGUAGCUGCCGCUGUCACAACCCCACUGGACGUUUGCAAAACACUGCUCAACACCCAGGAAUCCCUGGCUUUGAACUCAAACUUCACAGGACAUAUUACAGGCAUGGCUAGUGCCUUCAGGACGGUAUAUCAAGUAGGUGGUGUGACCGCCUACUUCCGAGGGGUGCAAGCUAGAGUAAUUUACCAGAUUCCCUCCACAGCCAUUGCAUGGUCUGUGUAUGAGUUCUUCAAAUACCUGAUCACUAAACGGCAAGAAGAGUGGAGGGCAGGCAAGUGAAGUAGCACUGAAUGAAGUCGGAGGUUCAGACAACACUGCUGUGCUCUACCCACUCCAGCCGCAUUCUCUGUCUCCUGGCAUGCUCCAGCCUUGAGUGGAGUUGGAAGGAAAGUAGAAGGCUCUCCCCAGGCUGUUGGUGUUUUGGCUAACACCAGUUACUGCCAACCUCCGAUGCGCCACCUUUCCUUCCAGGCCCUAAGCAAGUGCAACAAAGCACGCCACAGCACGUGGACAACCUCUCCAUCCUGGGCCUGAUGACCUGCUCUCGACUGUUAGAGAGGGAUAAGCAGCUCAAUCCCCUGGUUCCUAAUAAAAAACGUUUAAGUUAAA